CUGAAUCAAAAUUUUUUUUCUUAUCAUUUGAACGAUCAGAUAAAGUUACGAUAACCUUGCCGCUUCAAUACUUUGCGACAACUGUCGUAGCGGCCGUCGAUCGUCUGCGCCACUUUGAGAUUUUGAUAUUACCAUAUCACGUAUCACAUUCGUCUAUUCGUCAGCUGAUCACACAAUCACCGAGAGACGACGCAGAGAAUUACAAUUCCGUCGAUCUCGUCAUCGCACCAAAAUAAUCCAACGUCAAGCCGUAUCGCUCUAUAAAAAAUAAACUGCACGAAAUCUUUGAAGGUUCAAUUCGUUUUUGGAAUUUCCACUUUAAUUCAAAAUCAUGGAUAAGACGAAAUUAGGAAGUACGGGACUAGAAUUGCCACCAUUGCGAACUCUCGAUGAUUUUUUGUUCGACUCUGCGCGUUUUCAAUUACCUAAUUUGAAAAACAUCGACAAGUGGGGCAACCGGGUUGUCAAUAAUUUACUUUAUUAUCAAACCAAUUACUUCUUCAUGUCCGUCAUCAUUUUUCUCGUUGUUGGAUUCAUUCAUCCAGGACAAAUGUUCGUUGGGAUGAUUGCAAUGGCCGUUGCUCUCGUUGUCUUUGCUUAUUUUUCCACCGAGGGAAGAACUGUUCACAAUUUUAAACGACAAUAUCCAGCUGCUGGACCGAUUCUCAUACUUUGUGGCAGUGGCUUUGUCACUUAUACCCUUGGAUCACUGCUUGUUUUCCUUUUGGGAAUCUUGUUGCCUUUCUGUGUGACAUUUAUUCACUCGUCUUUAAGAUUGCGACACUUGAAGAACAAGGUGGUCAACAAAAUAGAAAGUUUGGGAGUCAAGCGUUCGCCGAUGGGUGUAUUAUUGGAGUAUCUCGAUGACGUCACGUGCAUGAAUUUGCGCCCACAGACGAAUAUCAUGUUUAAAAUGCCAUCAAACUAACACCGCUUCCGUGCAGCACAUGUGUCGGGAUUAAUCAUUCAAAAUAAUUGUUUAUGAUUUUAUCACUCAUACGGUUAAUCGCUAUCUCGCUUGUCACGAUGACGGUAAUUAUCCAUGCCUCAUUUAGAGAUAUCCAAGUUUUUUAUACAUUUUUCGUCUAAACUCGCGAGUAUCCUCGCUUACCAUCGUACAGUUAUUGCUUCUAGUCUUAUAUCUGAGGAAAAAAAGGAAAAUCUGUUGUUCCGAACAACAAGUGAGAUUGGAGGCGAACGAAUAAGUCAAUAACAUCAGAAUCAUUUUUUACAUUGAGUAAAAAAAAAGCUGUCAUAGUUUUUACAAAUUCUGCGAUACAUAUUAGAAUUGUAUUUGUAUCCAGUGUAAUUAAUCUUCCAAUUGUUUUAACGUUUCACAACUUUUAUUCACGAUAUGCGUGUCUUUUUUAUCUUGUCAAUUUAUGUUGUUAAUUGUAAUUAUUUUUUUACGAUGUAUACACACCCGCCUUUGGUCAUAAACUUAUCAAUUAUAAUACAAAAUGUUAUUGAUUCAAAAAAUAUAUCGAUAAAAUAUAAUAAAACAUAAUUUCAUUCAACCAGUUAUAAUCAAGUCGACAAUGAUGGUUUACAGGUGAUAAAAAAACAAGUCUUUCAUCAAAAGAUUCAUGUUGUAGAAAAAUCGUUGGAACGUUGUUGCGAGAAUAAUUCUUAAUCCCCCAGACCACUAUUUCUCUACUUUCUAUUUCAAAUUAUAGCACUACAGAGAAAUUACGGAGUAAUGGAAGUAUGAAAAAUUUAGAAUACUUGAAAUCAGUUUUUGGAGCAUUAUUUGAACGCUGCAAUUGAUGCGUUCAUAUACCGGGAGCAAGAGAUUCACGACCUAUUGUUUAAACACUCUUAUAAAUACGAUCUUAAGCUCUACAAGACACAAAAGAAAAUCUCCGUCACAAUAUGCUUCAACGAAAUUGUUUUUUUAAAUAAAAAUGGCAGUGUUCUCGUACCACUAA